AUGGACUCCUUCGACGAAUUGAUGUACGAGCAGGUGUCACUAAUGAAAUCCGUGACUCAUGCCGUAUCCAAUUUUAAAAAGUUGGGUCAAGCUAAGAUGACCUACGCCGUGACUAAAAAACGCCUAGAGACUUUGGAGACGAGGUUCAACCAAUGCCGUAAAUUGGAUGCCAAAUUACUCGCUGCCACAGAUGAAACGGAGAGGGCCAGUACAUCAUAUUUGGCGAAUCACGAGUUUGACGAGUGCCAAGACGCCUACGAUUCAGCGUUGGACUAUUUCGCAGAGGUUUUUCAAGACCUUUCCCCGUCCUCCCCUUCCACCUCGGCUAACGUAAGUCAUUCGCGCGAAUGUACGUCUCAUACUCCACCAAAUUUACCGAAAAUCUCGCUGCCGACCUUCGAUGGAUCGUUCGAUAAAUGGGAGAGCUUCCGCGACCGUUUCAAGUCGAUGAUCAUCGAAGAAAAAAGCCUGUCAAUCGUACAAAAACUGCAUCAUUUAUUUUCGUGUCUCAAAGGCGACGCGCUCACAGCGAUCGAACAUUUAACUGUUACGUCCGACAACUUUAAGGUAGCGUGGACGACUCUUUCGUCCAAUUUCGAAAACGAGCGUCGGUUGAUCAACGCAUACAUACAUCGCCUAUUUACAUUGCCCAAUGUCACUGCGAAAUCAGCAACCGAACUUCGAGCUCUACAGAACCAACUAACUGCCGCGAUUGCCGCGUUAAAGAAUUUGUCGCGUCCGGUCGACCGUUGGAGCGAUAUCUUCGUUUAUCUCGCAACGCAAAAACUCGAUAAAUCCUCGCGCGAAGCGUGGGAAAUUAAGUUGGGUAAAACUCUUGCGUAUCCUACAUUUGCCGAAAUUAGCGCGUUUUUAGAUUCUCGUAUCCGAGCCCUCGACGCUCUUGUACCCAUCGCUCCGACGUCCGAUAAACAGAGCGAUAAAUCAACUGCGAAAUCAAAACACCGGGCGACCGCCUCACAUACCACGAGCGCUACCAAACUUCCGUGUCCUGUGUGCGACUCGAAUCAUCUAUUGUAUCAAUGUUCCGCGUUUCUCGCAAAAACUCCGACACAGCGAUACGAAAUAAUUCGUAAUGGCAAACGCUGCCUUAAUUGUUUAAGUUCGAAGCAUCAAGCAAAAGAGUGCACAAGUACCCGCUCGUGUAAAGAGUGCCAUAAAAAGCAUCACACGCUUUUACACUUUUCCGACGCCCCGAAAUCAGCUGUUCACGCGUCACCGCUCCCCGCGGCAACGACUCCCAUCGCGUCAACUACUGACAUUUCCUCGCAUAUCGUUGCGAAAGCUAGACCAGCGCAUCAAAUUCUGCUUGCAACUGCUCGCGUUCGCGUACAUUCAACGCACGGACGAUCUCAAUGGGCACGAGCGCUCAUUGAUCAAGGAUCAGCGACAUCCUUCAUUACUGAGAAUUUAGUACAGUCUUUAAGACCGAAAUUGAAAACCGCUGUCAAGGUAACAGGUAUCGGCGAGACACAGACUAGCGUUCGACACGCCGCUAACCUAACGAUUACUCCCAGUAACGCGGAUGCUCCGGUUUAUUCAACCCCCGCGUUAAUUCUAAGAUCUCUUACUCAAUAUUCACCGAAUCGUCUUGACAUUCAAACACAAUGGCCGCAUUUGACUGGACUCACGUUAGCGGAUCCCGAUCCCGCGGGGUCAGAUUCAAUAGAAAUCAUAAUAGGAGCUGAUCUUUUCGGCUCCUUAAUUCUCGAUGGUCUUCGCAAAGGUGCCGCCAACGAACCGAUUGCACAGAAUACCGUCUUAGGAUGGAUUAUUUCCGGGCCUACCGCGCAUCCACGACCGCUAUCUCAACCGUCGAUCGGAGUGCAUCACAGUUCUGUAACGGAUGAUCUCGACCAAACUUUUCGACGAUUUUGGGAAAUCGAGGAAGUUCCCACUUCCGAAAAAUUAACUCCAGAAGAAAAGGCUUGCGACGACCACUUCCAUUCGACGCAUUCUCGCAAUUCCGAAGGUCGUUAUAUAGUCAGACUUCCAUUCAAAACCGGACCCCCUAUCAAUAUUGGAGAGUCUCGACAUACCGCACUUCAAAAUUACCUUUGCACCGAAACCCGCCUUAAAACGGAUUCAAAGAAAUCAACAGAAUAUCACAACUUUUUAAAGGAAUAUUCUGAUCUGGGACACAUACUACGCGUCUCAGAACCCGAAAAAUUAAACAAUUCCACUCAAAUCGUGUACAUCCCGCACCACGCAGUAUUCCGCGCUAACAGCGCAACUUCGCAAAUCCGCAUCGUUUUUAACGCAUCAAGCCGAACUUCCAACGGUACGACGUUAAACGAUCACUUGCUUCCGGGUCCUAAACUUCAACCUUGCCUCAAUUAUUUUGCGUUGGCGCUCAUUUCGAUACAUUUACUCCGCCGACGUGGCAAAAAUGUAUUGCCAAAUUAUCGUCGAUCCACGAGAUCGUGA